CAUUUCCAAAUAAUGCGGAUAAUCGCCAUGGUGACCCUUUUCCCGCACGCGCGCGAUUCACGAAUUGUUUACGUCCUCAAUCGAACGAAUUCGCAAGUGCAGCGAGCUAGCUCGGUCCGCAUGCUCGUCUACCCAACGUUAGCUGAACGAUCGAUGGUCAAUUUGCCUUACUAUAUCUUGAAUAAAACUUUUCUUCAAAAUAUAUAGGCCUAAGUGCAUUUUUUAUUAUAAUACAUAAAUAAUACAUGAAAAUGAAAUAUAUUGCUUCAUCAAUGACUUGCAUCACAACGAGAGCAUUAGUAAUUUUUAGAAUGAAAAUCUGUAGAGCCUAGGCCUUUUUGAUCGAGGAUGAGCAAACAAUAUUUACGUAAUAAUAUAUGGCCGGCAGCACGCGUUCGACAGGCAAAUAAAACAUCCAUCUACAAUCCGUGAGGCAUUUGAUUUAUAAUUUCUGCAUUGAAAUUCCGUAAAAAAAUAAACUUUACAGCAAGAAAUACGUGAGUAGGCCUAGUAGGAGGGUUGAGAAUGCCGAAAGCACAAGCAGGGAGCUACCAGAAUUGGACUCAUGAAGAGGUCCGACUAUUACUUCUCAUUCGCACCGACAGAGAAAUCGACAGGCAGAUGAAUGGGAAGUGUAGUGAUACACCUGCCCUGGAAAAGAUCUCUUGUCAACUGAAGGAGCAUGGGCACAACAGAACCGCUUCACAGGUAAAAACCAAGCUAAAGAAUUUAAAGAAAAAGUUCAUGGCUGUCAAGCUUGCGAAUAAGACAAGCGGUCAAAAGAGACAAGAGAUGGAAUUUUAUGAUCUCUGCUUUGAAAUCUGGGGACAAACGGCUGCCGCAGAGCCCGUCAACAUCGUAAGCUCCAGCUCGACCUCCCCCUCAGUCCCUGGUUCGGGCUCGGCUAGUUCCCUACGUGCAGCUGUGCAAGCACCAGACAAUAUAAAUGACGACACCAGUCAGACAAGCAUUCUCUCGAUCUCGUCCGUCAGUGAUGGCGAAGACAGCGACCAUAUCACUGAUGAUGAUGAUGAUGAUGAAGUUGCUGCAAUGAUGAAGUUAGCAGAAAGUCUUGAAAAUCCACAGCCGCCUCCUCGAGUUCAGCAAGGAUCUCAAGCUCGCCCUCGGGGUAGUACUACUAGUGCCCCUCCUGCUACUACGACUACUACUACUACAAGUACAAGUGCUGGUAAUGGCAGUGCAGAGGAGGCUCGACCUCCACCUCGACGUGAAUGGCACCCUCGUGACCAAAGUGGAGCACCACCAAAGAAGAAGAAGAAGACAAAGGUUCAAGAAUCGAUGCAGGCAGUCUCUGCAGCAUUAACAACGCACUUUAAUGAUGCAGAGGAACGACAACAACAGUCGGAGGACAGACGUAUUGCAGCUCAAAGAGAGUGGGAGGAACGGCUGGAAGAGCGCCAGGAACAAGCACAGCGCAAUCUUAUGAGAGAGAUGAACCAGCAAACUACAUCUCUAAUCAGUGGACUAUGGCAAAUGAUGACGCAGUUCCAAAGCCAACCUCAGCCAGCAAUGGGGCAGUUCAAUCUCCGUCCUCCCACUGCAGGACCCACACAAACAGGAGUUCAACGACACCAGCACAGCACACAUCAGAUUGACGAGAACACCACAUCAACAACUCCACCAAGCAUGUACCAGUUUUUUACCCCACCACAGCGUCAGCUCCGAGUACCUCAUGUUGUUGCAGGCAAUCAGCACCAUCAGCAGCAUGCAUCACACUCGCCAAAUUUGCCAACAGACAAUGAAGAAAAGCAAUACACAUCACUGUAA